GGGGAGGCGCUAGUCCGCAGUAGUUUCUGGAAGGAACCUCAUGCUUGCACCAUGGAGAAAGUUUCAGCACUGAAAGACCAGGGCAACAAGGCGCUGAGUGCAGGGAACAUUGACGAGGCUGUUCGUUGCUACACCGAAGCUUUGGCCCUCGACCCUUCAAACCACGUCCUGUUCAGUAACCGCUCGGCCGCCUACGCCAAGAAGGGCAACUAUGAAAACGCUCUCCAGGAUGCCAUUCAGACCAUCAAGAUCAAGCCUGACUGGGGCAAGGGCUACUCCCGCAAAGCUGCAGCGCUGGAGUUCCUCGGCCGAUUGGAGGACGCUAAAGGAACCUACCAAGAGGGACUCCGGCAAGAGCCAAGUAACCAGCAGCUAAAGGAUGGCUUACAGAACAUCGAGGCUCGGCUUGCAGAGAAAUCAAUGAUGAACCCCUUCGCCAUGCCCAACUUGUACCAGAAGCUGGAGAGCGAUUCUCGGACCCGUGAGCUUAUGUCAGAUCCCAGCUACAGAGAACUGCUGGAGCAGCUCAGGAACAAACCGUCGGAGCUCGGCACGAAGCUGCAGGAUCCCCGAGUGAUGACCACUCUGUCCGUGCUGCUGGGUCUGAACCUCUCUGAGAUGGAAGAAGAAGAGGAGCCCACUCCCCCUCCACCCCCGAAACCCAAAGAGACUCAGCCACCACCUCCCAAAGAGGACGACCUUCCUGAAAACAAGAGAAACGCCUUGAAGGAAAAGGAGCUCGGGAACACUGCAUAUAAGAACAAGGACUUUGACACGGCUCUGAAACAUUAUGACGAAGCAAUCAAACACGACCCCACCAACAUGACCUAUAUAUCCAAUAAAGCAGCUGUGUAUUUUGAGAAGGGAGAAUAUGAGAAGUGCCGAGAGCUGUGUGAGAAGGCCAUCGAUGUUGGCAGAGAGAACCGGGAAGACUACAGACAAAUUGCAAAGGCGUUGGCUAGGAUUGGAAACUCAUACUACAAGCAGGAAAAAUACAAAGAGGCAAUUCAGUAUUUCAACAAGAGCCUGACGGAGCAUCGUACUCCAGACGUCUUGAAGAAGUGUCAACAGGCAGAGAAGAUUUUGAAGGAGCAGGAGAAACUAGCCUACAUCAACCCCGACUUAGCCCUGGAGGAGAAGAACAAAGGCAAUGACGCCUUCCAGAAAGGAGACUACCCCUUAGCCAUGAAACAUUACUCCGAGGCCAUCAAGAGAAACCCCAACGAUGCCAAACUCUUCAGUAACAGAGCCGCCUGCUACACGAAGCUGCUGGAGUUUCAGCUCGCCCUGAGGGACUGUGAAGAGUGCAUCAAACUGGAGCCCACCUUCAUAAAAGGCUACACACGUAAAGGAGCUGCAUUGGAGGCCAUGAAAGAUUUUUCAAAAGCUAUGGAUGCGUAUCAGAAGGCUCUGGAGCUCGACUCUUCCUCAAAGGAAGCCACAGAAGGCUUGCAGCGCUGCAUGGUCAGUCAGGCCAUGAGGAACGACAGUCCCGAGGAGGUGAAGAAAAGGGCCAUGGCUGAUCCCGAGGUGCAGCAGAUUAUGAGCGACCCAGCCAUGCGCAUGAUCCUCGAGCAAAUGCAGAAGGACCCUCAGGCGCUUAGCGACCACUUAAAGAAUCCAGUCAUUGCUCAGAAGAUUCAGAAACUCAUUGAUGUCGGACUGAUAGCCAUUCGUUGACGAGAACCAAGAGACUCCAAGACAACAGCGGAACAACGUGCAAAUCCCUCCAAAAUACUACAUCCUCCUUUCUUGCCUUCAAAUUCAAAAAUAUAUUGUUCUUAGUCUCCCUGAGACUUUGUGUGUAAGUUAUGUUUUUUUAAAAUCAGUUUCAUGACUUUUACAUUGUAUUAAAAAAAGCAUCUUGUGUGUCAUCUGAAAAAAAAACUUGAGGACUCCAGAAAACCUUAGAAAAAACAAACUGGAUUAAAGAUGCUCAAAUACAUCUUAAAACAGCACAGCGCAGUGUUUAAAGGGGAAAUCCACCCUGAGGCUGAUCACAUUUUCCUGUUUGGUUCAUGGUAUUAAGGAAAUGGAACAAAAAAAGAAGAAUUUCUACACACAAAAUAAAAUGUAGAUCACAAAUUAAAA